AUGGAGGCUGCGGAGAUGGACGGAGGCCUUGGAGUUGGCCUCCUGGAAGAGGCAUUUCGCAGUCCUGCCGAGGAGAAUGUCGGCCCGGCUUACACUGUGGAGUGGGAUCACAGCCUAGCCGAGCUGACGCAUGCAUCCAGGUCACCAAUACCUGGCCAAGUGCGGGAAGCCUUUGGCCGUGCGCGGCAGCGUGCAAACUGCGGUUUGUUUGCCGAGGGACUGGCCUGGGCGUCCUUAGAUGACGUGUUGUAUUUGUGGGACUACUCGGACAUGUCCCCGAGUGUUCACUCGGUCCCGGGCGAUUCUGCCAUCAUCUCGGUUGCGCUGUGCCCUGCCAAAUCGGGGAUUUUUGAGACUCAGCAGCCGCGCUGGGUGCUGGUAAUUGCCACCAGGCUAUCAGUAAGCCUUGUUGGCGUGAAUUUCGCUCGAAAAGAGAUUCGAGCUUCACGCGUGCCAGAUGCUACUCCGGCUAAUGUUUCACUGAGCGACUGGACGUCUUCAGCCAGAGCUGGGAUUCCAGGAGUGCCAGUCAACUCAACCCAAAGCCAAAGCAGCUUACAUUUUGUCCCUCUGCAGGGCUUUCGCGCCUUAUCUGAGGGUGCUUUAUUCCAUUCCAUUCAUUCUUCUCCGGGUGGGCGCAUUUUCCUAUUGUCUGGCGCACCACACAUCUAUGAGCUCUUGUGCUCACAAGCUGGCUGGUAUCGUGCAAAGUGCAGACUAGUACGACAUUGUGUGGGACCAGGCUGGUGGAAGAGUCCGAAGCCUGGCCGCCUGCGGCUGCUAUCUUGUGGUCCUGCAGGCCAUAUUCUUACAUGCGACGAUGUCGGAACUCUACGACUGUGCUGGGCGAUGGAUCAGAUUGGAGGUUCUUCCACUCUGGAAGAGCUGGCCUCGCUAACUGCAGUGGCUCUGCGUGACCAGGUCCGAGCCAUCACUCAAGGUUCUUUGGCAUCCUUCACGCUGACGCACUUGUUCUGCUGGAUGGGUGCGACUGGCCAGCUUCUCCUGGAUGCCACGACCAUUGCCGGAGAGCGACUACAUUUUGUCUGCUCUGUGGAAGGAUCGACUCGACGAAAAUACGGCUUCUGGCUUCAACAUCUUGCCAGCUCUUGGUCAUCACGUCCAAGCGCUGAAAGCCAUGAGAGCCGAAGUGUGCGGAUCUCCUGUUUGGAGGAGCAUCCGGAUCCAUGCUUUUUCGCACCUGGUGCUGACGGUGCUUCGACACUGGGCUCCGUCUGGCUAUGUGCAGCCUUGCGAAGGGCCGGUGCAUCAGCAUCAGAUCUCGCGGUGUCGGUUCGACUGAAUGGCGUGCCACACGAUCACUUUCAGCCUUUGAGCCCCAAGCAGGCAGUGGAGAUGCAGGGUAUGCUCAGUUUUGAUGCUCCAGUGCUGGCCAUUGCUCAAGAACAGUCACAACCUACAUGCCAGAAAUUCGCUGUCCUCCUGGCUGACCGUGUACAGACAGUGACCAUCGCGCACCAGGCAUCGGCAGCGAAGAGAGCCCCGGCGGAAGCAGCGGAAUGUUGCCUAUUCCUGCAGUCCUUGACUUCCGGAACAGCUCCUGGUGGAGCCACAGGCAGCCGGAUCCAAUACGACUGGUGCUGGAGCCUAGACGACGCCCGCUUCCCGACCUUUGAGGAGCAGCGACGUGCGCAACUACUGAACCAGGCUGUUCCAAAGAUGAUCUUGGGUCGCUGGCCUUCGGGACUUUUGCGUUUUCUGUCCGAGACGCUGCGCAGUGUUUGGACUCGGCCCCUGCUCUUGACACCGGCUCGUGUCGUGGAGGUCCCUUCGCUGCCGCUCAGCCUGUGCCGUAAGAGACGAAGGUGCGCUUCGCCCCCGGUUGUCGCGAUCAGUGAAAUGGCCGCGAGAAAAAUCUUCUCGCAGCUUGAGCCAGUGAUCCAUUUCGUGGCAAAGGGGCUCGCGCACAACGCCGAAGAACAGGUGCCGUUCGGCACACCCUGCUCAGCGGUGAUGCGUGCGCAGCUCUACGUGAAGCGUACUGAGGCUGCGCACGCACCGUCCAGCUGCGACUCAGCACAAGCGCGUGUGAGAAGGGCAAUGCUGGAGCUCUUGGAUGUGAUGGAUCGAGCUCGGCAAGUUCUGGGCCUGAUCUUCAUACUGCACAAGUCGGGAUGCACGCAAGCUAUACUGGAAAGUGCACCGCUGCAAGAGCAUGACCCAGCAACUGCUUCUCAUGGGGUGGCAGAACCGGCAGAUGUCUUGUUGCCGAGUGCUGCAUCUUUGCUGCUCAGCCGAUCCUUGCGAGACCUGGUGCUGUCUCCAGUCGCACUCUGGCCUGCUGUUCAACUAUGCACUUCUCUGGUUAUGCAGGCAGUGCAAGGGAAUGCAGAUGAGUCUCCAGAACAAGAAGGUAGAUGUUUAGUGACUGCCCAGGCUUUGGCCGUUCAGCUGCGGGACUUCCACACCAUGUACAAGCAGACAGCAUAUGCAAAGAGCUACAGGUUCAUCUGGCAUGGCCCCAUAGAAGCCUCCAUGUGCAUCGACAGGCUCAUAGUGGCUGUGUUGGCUCAAUACAGGACGCAACGAGCCUUGUUGACGAUCAGUGGCUUGGUUGCUGCAGAAAGCUUUGCGAUUUUGCCGAGCAUGGCGGACCAAAGCAUACCUCCUGCAGAGCUGAAGCAGCGACGAAAGAGCUUGAAUGAGUCGAGGUUAAAGACUGCCCGCCUGUCCGUCGCCGGUACUUCGCAUACUCCUCGUCCAGAGCAGCGGAGUCAAGGCAGGUCUCUGGGCCGGACCAAGCGUCAAUUGGACAAGCGACCAGUUUUGCGGCUGCUGGCAGAACUUGCCCCUGCACUCAAAGAAGAGAGAAGUACCGCCGACAGUGCAUCUGACGUCUUCUGGCUUGCUCUGGCAGUGGCAACCACAUCCUUGGUGUUCGUACGACGCGACGAUGGUGUCUGGGACUCGAUCCUUGGUGCUGCGCUGCUUUGCGUCUUCUGGUACAUCGGCCAGUGCGGUGGCAGAUUUCUUGCCCAGAACUGGAAGUACUUGCCCAUCCCUUCUGCAGCGGAUGUCACCACUUUCGCCGUCCUCUCAGCCUUGAGGUCAUCUGUGGAAGGCUUGGGAGGACCAUUGGCUAGCGUCUUCUUCUUGGCCUGCGAGCGCUCGCCACGGAGCACAGACAGCACAGACGAUGCUCAGGGCUUCUGGCUGCGCUGGGUGCCAGCACUCCGUGAUGCUUCGAUGCUGCUGUUGCUGGCUCGCGUGCUGCGUGCUGGCGAAACCGCUGCCGAGCUUCUGUACAGCAGCCGGAUCCUCACGACACAGCGAUCAGAAUUGUGGCAAAACACCCGUGAGCGACGGGUGCUUGCAGUAUUGAGGGGUGCUGUCGAGAAGCAAAGCAGCGAAGAAAAGCCCGACGAGAAGUCUCUGCUGCACUUGGACGACUCUGUGCCGUUGGCCUUCGAGCGCGCGUGUGCCGAGCUCAUCGCUUCCGGGAGUCCAGGCUCUGAGCUGUGGCUGAGCUUGACUUCUUUGGCCGAAGAGGAGGAUGCAGACAGCGACGACUUCGCAGAAUUCCGAAUGAAGCGCGAGACUAGUGGCUCCAGUGCUCAGGAUGUUUUCAAGGUGGACGGGGUGGUGCUUGAGCCGGAGCAUGUGGCUGCUGGCGCUCGUGCUUUGUACCGAAAGCUGGCACCACAUGGACUGCUGAAUUUCGACAAGCUGCACACGGUCAUCGAGAACGACAUUGAAACCAAUCGCCUGUGGGCAUUGCUACAGGCACUGGAUGAAGAGAGUGAAAUAGAUGUGAACAACACAGGCAAGACGGUCAUGGAGAGACAGAGAUCCAUCUCCAUGCCGGUAGAUGCCUCGGAUGCAUUUGUGCAUUUGGUCGUGUCCACCUACAAGGAGGCUGCAAGACUGGUAUCCACAGUGGGAGAGCACUCAGCCGUAUUUGCGCAGCUACGCCGAUUUGAUACUUGCAAGGUAUUGCAGCAUUGGUUGCUAGUGAAAUGGCUGCUUGGUGAGUUUUCGCUGAGGCUGUUUUGCAGCGUGCUCUCCGUGCUUCGGCUUUCGGUCCUCGUAGUCGUCGCUGUGGGGCGCUUUGCACCAAUCACGGUGCUGCAAACAUUGAGCUGGCUUCUCUCCUCGGUACUCCUGGCAGUGUCCUUUGCUUGGGGGCCGGUUCUGCUGGACAUCUUGCAAUCCUUGGUGCUGCUUCUGCAUGUUAACCCCUUCGACACUGGUGACAUGAUUAUCUUCCGCGGAAACUAUCUACAUGUGCAGCAGAUCAAGCUUCUCAAUACAGUUUUUCGGGAUCUCUGCGACGAGGAGAUCUACAUCCGCAACUCUGUCCUUUAUGCCGAUUGUGAAGGAAUUCUCAACAUCCGCAGAUCUGGAAGAGCAUCUGCAGCCAUUGAGCUUUUGAUUCCACCACAAUCUGCCACGAAGCCGAAUCUGAAAGCACUCACUGCAGCAGCUCGUCGAUAUGCCAUGGCGCAUCCGGAAACGUGGCAAGAGCAAGUCUCUGUUGGAGUCUUUCCGACAAACCAGCCUGGUGCCGCAGUGGUUGUUGGAAUGGAGGUGCGUGCUUGUACCUUGAUUUCAGUCGAGCUGAAGGACUGCUGCCCUGCCAUCUUCUCGCAGGUUGAUCUCAAACGAUGCUUGAGAAGAGCUGACUGGCGGUCGACUUCCUCCAAGCAGGCAUUGUCCAUGUUGCAGAGGUAUGCAGGCUCCUUGCCCACGGGAUCAUCUCCCCCAGAGUGGCAACUUCUUUGUCGAGGAAUCCGGGCUUUGGCUUCGGAGGAGCCUGGCAUGGCUGCAGAGCUCUGCGCAGAACGCGUGUGCAAGCUGGCGGACUCCUGGCCGGACUCAGAAGAGCGUUGUCGAGAUCUCAUCUCCUCCCUUCUGGAUGCUAUGAGCCUGGAAAGGUUGGCCGAGGCAGCCACAGCUUUGGAGGUCUUUCUGAAAAGGAGUCGUGCAUCAGCGUGCAAGCUUCCGGGUUCCAACGAGCCCGUCUUUCACCACAUCACCUUCGAUCAUCUGUUAAGUACACCCAGACUGCACGCUCUCCUGGAGGCCGUCCUGAAUACGAAUGCCGCCGAUGUCAAGGCCAUACUGCAACGACGCUCUGCAAGCAGCCGGACGGCGUCAGAGCUGCUGUGGAGGUACUUUCAACGGCAAGGCCAUGACAGGCCUGCAUGGGCGCAGCUUCAGCGUUUGGUCGAGGCACCUGAACAGUUCUACAACUUGAAAGACCGCAUCAGAUAUCUCCACCUCGCUCAGGAGCAGCGCAAGAGCGUGAGCUCUGCGUCCUUGCAAGAAGAGCUUGCGUUGAGACUGGGGGCGGCCGAAAAGCUCCAGCAACCCUUGCUGAAGGAGCUGCUGGUCUUGGCAGGGAACGAGAAGCAAGAUGCAAGGUGGCGUGAUGCAGCCCGCAAGCGCUCUUCAGAACUACAGCACCUGAGGAGUGCGCGUGAGCUCUACGAGGUGGCCGGUGAGUUCGGGUUCUGGCAUCUGCAACUGGGCAUCGCCGGCUUUUCAGGCGUGAAUAUGGCACAUGAUGUGGCGACGACACUGUGGGCUGGCUUCUUGUUCCCUGCUGAUGGUCCCUACAACUCGCACAGUGACGAGGUAGCUUCACCCAAGCUGCUGUUCCCUUUGCUGAUGCGGCGGCCGCACACAUGUUUCUUCGCCUCCAAGCAGGAGGAGAUGGACGAACGGCAGCUGAAGCCGUCGCUUCUUCGUGAUCGAGUACUCGCAUUUCUGCAGGAGCUCAAGGAGGUAGCUCCAACCAGCCACCAGCUUUGGCACGUGCGAGGGAUUGCGACACUUCUGGAGUUCAGCAGCUGCUUGUGGCUAAAUGCUUUGCAGAAGGUCGGGCAGACAACCGAGUUGCAGGAGAAAGGAGGUGAUGGAGCUGCUGGUUCGUCGCUCAUCGACGAGAAUCGGCUGUGGGUGGCAUUGGAGGUCCUGAUGCAAAAGCCUUUUUCAUUCUCCCUUCCCGACUUGAUCACUUUCUACGCAGCUUGGCAGUACAACACCGGCUUUGCCAUGAAGUUAAUGUUAAGGCAGGAGGAGUAG